AGAGCUAAAUUUAUCUACAGACGAAGGACCGCGCCAGCAGCGAAUUGGAUCACUAUGGAGGUGGCAUAGGCGAUAUCCCUGCCCUGAGAACAUCAUCAUCCUGUCCCCGAAUCUCUUUCUUCUGUUUUGUUUUUCAUUCCCCUCCUUCUCUUCCUCUCCUCCCCCUCCAGUCCGCGACGACUGGCUCUUGACCCUGUUAAGGCCUCGGUGAAGGCUUUUGCUUACUCCCUUUCCCACCCAUCCCUUAAUUUUAUUCUUUUGAAGAUUCUACAUUUCAAGCUGCCAAAGUGUGGAGAAUGUGAUUGCAGGAGAGAGUGCUCUUUUCAGCUUUUAUUUUUAUGUGAUAAUCUACCUUUAAGAAAAGGUGUGCCAUACCUGAGAGCACCAGGAAGUCGCAUGAGAGAGCACCUGAUACAUGAACAUAAGAUGUUCCAUCUGCGCAUUGAUGCAUAAGCAGCAUUUACAAAUUAACUGCAGUGUUGCUGUAUAUCAUCUCUUUGAUGAUUGCUCAUCUUCUAUGUAUCCUGUCUUAUAAUUUCAGCACAUUUGAGGUACUCAAUGUUUAUUCUAAAUUAGCCAUGUUUUGUACCACAAACUCAUUCCCCAUGGAUCUAUUGCUGAAAGAAGGAAGUCUUAAACAAGAGGUAGAAUCUUUUUGUUAUCAAAUUGUAUCUGAAUCAAAUGAUCAAAAGGUUGGAAUAUUACAAAGUGAAGAUGAACACUUGCAGCCUUCAGUUUCUAAAAAAUCAGAAGGUGAGCUUUCCAGGGUCAAAUUUAUGUCCAAUUCCAACAAAAUAACAUUUAGUAAGAAACCGAAAAGAAGAAAAUAUGAUGAAAGUUACUUGUCUUUUGGAUUUACUUACUUUGGAAAUAGAGAUGCACCUCAUGCUCAAUGUGUGUUAUGUAAGAAAAUUUUAUCAAAUAGCUCGUUAGCCCCUAGUAAGCUUCGAAGACAUUUGGAAACUAAACAUGCUGCAUAUAAAGAUAAGGACAUAAACUUUUUCAAGCAACAUCUGGAUUCACCUGAAAAUAGUAAACCCCCAACACCUAAAAUUGUCAAUACAGAUAAUGAAAGUGCUACAGAGGCAUCAUACAAUGUAAGUUACCAUAUAGCACUGAGUGGAGAGGCUCAUACUAUUGGAGAAUUGCUUAUCAAGCCUUGUGCAAAAGAUGUAGUGAUGCGGAUGUUUGAUGAACAGUACAGUAAAAAAAUAGAUGCAGUACAGCUAUCAAACAGUACUGUUGCACGUCGAAUUAAGGAUCUAGCUGCUGACAUUGAAGAAGAGCUUGUUUGCAGACUGAAAAUUUGCGAUGGGUUUUCACUGCAGCUAGAUGAAUCAGCUGAUGUUUCAGGACUGGCUGUGCUGCUUGUGUUUGUUCGUUAUAGGUUUAAUAAGUCUAUUGAAGAGGACCUGCUUGUGUGUGAGUCUUUGCAGAGUAAUGCUACUGGUGAAGAAAUAUUCAACUGCAUUAACAGUUUUAUGCAGAAACAUGAAAUUGAAUGGGAAAAAUGUAUUGAUGUUUGUAGUGAUGCUUCUAGGGCAAUGGAUGGAAAAAUAGCUGAGGCUGUCACCUUGAUAAAAUACGUGGCACCUGAAAGCACCAGUAGUCACUGCCUAUUAUAUAGACAUGCAUUAGCAGUUAAAAUAAUGCCUACAUCCCUAAAAAAUGUGCUAGAUCAGGCAGUACAAAUCAUUAAUUAUAUUAAAGCUCGACCACAUCAAUCCAGACUACUAAAAAUUUUAUGUGAAGAAAUGGGGGCUCAGCACACAGCACUUCUUCUAAAUACAGAAGUGAGAUGGCUUUCCCGAGGUAAAGUUCUUGUAAGACUUUUUGAGCUUCGUCGUGAAUUACUGGUUUUCAUGGAUUCUGCUUUUCGACUCUCUGAUUGUUUAACAAAUUCAUCUUGGCUACUAAGACUUGCGUAUCUUGCAGAUAUUUUUACUAAAUUAAAUGAGGUUAAUCUGUCAAUGCAAGGAAAGAAUGUGACCGUUUUUACGGUAUUUGAUAAAAUGUCAUCAUUGUUAAGAAAAUUAGAAUUUUGGGCCUCAUCUGUAGAAGAAGAAAACUUUGAUUGUUUUCCUACACUCAGUGACUUUUUGACUGAAAAUAAUUCUACAGUUGAUAAAGAUAUUUGCAGUGCCAUUGUGCAGCACCUAAAGAGCUUGCGAUCUACUCUAUUAAAAUAUUUUCCCGUUACAAAUGACAAAAAUGCUUGGGUUAGGAAUCCAUUUACAGUAACUGUCAAACCAGCCUCAUUAAUAGCACGAGACUAUGAGAGCCUGAUUGAUUUAACAUCUGAUUCUCAAGUGAAACAAAAUUUUAGUGAACUUUCACUAAAUGAUUUUUGGAGUAGUCUAAUACAAGAGUAUCCAAGCAUUGCAAGGCGUGCAGUCCGCGUUCUUCUUCCUUUUGCUACAAUGCACCUUUGUGAAACAGGGUUUUCAUAUUAUGCUGCAACAAAAACAAAAUACAGGAAAAGACUUGAUGCUGCACCUCAUAUGCGGAUCCGGCUCAGCAACAUUACACCUAAUAUUAAGCGGAUAUGUGAUAAAAAGACACAAAAACACUGUUCUCAUUAAAAUUGGAGGGUUUUGCAUGUCUUUUGAUAACCCAAUGUAAGAUGAAAAUAAAACAUGAUUUCCUUCAGCUACAGUAUUUUGGUGUUUUAAAUAAAAUUACUCAGAUUCUUCAUACUUCUUAGAUUUAUAAGAAAACUAGACUCCAAAAUUUAAACAU